AAACAUGAAUUGAUACACUCGAAUUUAUGUGGGUCCACACAAUAUGAUAAAAAUAUCAGCAAAAGAACUUAGGCAUACAUAAACCCAAGAGGUAGUUUUUUUUUCUUUUAAAAGUGCACAUGUUUGAUUGUUGAAGGUAUGGUAAACAAUUUAGGAGUUAUACAAAUCACUUUCAAUGUAGAGGACAAGGAAAAUCUAAUGGAGUAUGCAGUUGAUGGAUGUAUUAUAGAUCAAGGUCAAUGUGAUGGAAGAAGUGAAAAUCAGAUUAAGAGAAAUGUUUCUAUACCGAUUUCAUCAGUCAGCCAAUGGCCACUAAGUCCACCAUUAAAAGGGGCAGCACGAAACGCGAGAAUUGAGAGAGCAUUCAUAUUAGCUAAAAAAAAGCAAACCAUAGUCUCACGCACCCAAGAAGGAACUAUGCCUGCAAGCAAGGGCGGUGCUAGGCACAAGGAAAGGGGGGCAAUGGCCCCCCUAAUUUUAAUUUUUUACAUGUAAAUUAUAUGUAAAUUUUAGUUUAGCCCCCCUUAAAAUUUUAUUUUAGUCUUAUUUUAUUGUAUAAAUAUUUUUUGCCCCCCUCUAAUAUUUCUUCUAGCUCCGCCCCUGCCUGCAAGCACAUUCACCACACAAACCAUAGAAGUGAGUUCGAUGGAAGGUAUCACAAUCUUUUUGAAUUAUUAUAUAAUAAAUUGAAAGGCAAUUGUUAUAUGUUAUAUGCACAGUGAUUGAAAAAAUGUUGCAUCAUGAUCCCUCCACUUAGGAUUCAUAAUGAGACAUAUCCAUAUCACUAAUUUAUUCAUAGUUGAAGUGAUUAAUGGAGUUGCUAAUACUCUAAAAUAUUUAACUUUUUAUUAAAAAAUUAUUUGAU